AUGGGUGGAAGAACUCGCCAUGUGAUUAGCGUGAAGAAAGUGAAAGUUCCUAAAGAAAUCGCUCGACGUCUCCACGAAAAACCAAAACACAAUUUUGAAGUGUUUUAUCCAGAAAUACCUUUCUCAAGGAAAGCAAGCACUUUCGUGAUUAAACAUGAAAAAGAUAUUUGGGAAGAUUUUUCAUACUGUGUUGAUUUAAUCUAA